AUGUCAUCCCCGUUCACCUCAGUUUUUCUUUUUGGUAGGUCAGUGAACAAUUUCCUGGUAACAGGUCCCAAGGCCUAUCUGACCUACACCACCAGUGUGGCCUUGGGCACUCAGACUGGCAUGGAAGAAUGUAAGUUCCAGUUUGCUUGGGGGGGGUGGAACUGCCCUGAACAUGCUUUCCAGUUCUCCACUCACAACAGGGUGGGAGGGGCCACAAGGGAGUCAUCCUUCAUUCACGCCAUCCGCUCUGCUGGAGUUGUGUAUAUCAUCACCAAGAACUGCAGCAUGGGUGACUUUGAAAACUGUGGUUGCGAUGGGUCAAAAAAUGGAAAAGCAGGUGGCCAUGGCUGGAUCUGGGGAGGCUGCAGCGACAACAUUGAAUUUGGGGAACAGAUCUCCAGAGUCUUCGUGGACAGCCUGGAGAGAGGGAAGGAUGCCAGGGCCCUGGUGAAUCUUCAUAACAGCAGGGCAGGCAGGCUGGUGGGUACAACAGUUCCUCACAAUCUGGUGGAUACAGAAGUCAUCCUGUUUGGACAAUGGUCCCUCACCGUCACCCAGAGCUGUCUCACACCCAGGUUUCAUCCCUGA